AGUGUUGCACCUGAUCCAGCUGAUGGCCGGGGCUCCUCUGCUGGACCUGACCCGCAUAAAGCUCCAUGGAAGGUGGGGAGAACAGAUGAACAUGGUCCAAGCCAGCGAGCAGCAAGACUGAAGCUUCAAAAAUGUGCAACAGUAUUUGGUGGCAGCAAAACACACCUGCGUGAAGACGCAACCCAGUCGACAAACGUCCAGGCAAACACGUGCUCGUCGGGACCACCAGGGGGGGAAAAGUGAAAAAGCGUUUCGGACAAAAACAAACGCCUCUCCAGAGCCGUGCGUCCCAGCCUGGCCACGCCCUCUGCGCUGACGUCACGGCGCCACAGCCAGUGACGCGCGCUCUCCGCUGCUGGAGCAAAGCAUCCCCUAAAUCUCCCCCUCCUUCCUCGCCCUUCCCAUCUCUCCCUCCUCUCUGGACUCGUGAACAGAACUUGGGAGCGAUUGGGAGCGCAGGGAGCGCCGGGAGAGCCAGGUCUGACCACUCCAUCUGCUCCAGUCGCAGCCGAGAUCUGGACCCGGCCCCGUGGAUUACCGUGUCCCGGCUUCACCUCCGAGGACGAGCGCUUCCUCGCCACACUUGCGCUCAGAGCCGUGCGUGACCCACAUCCUCGCAGCGGAACCGCGUGGAUGCGCGCUCGCUGACGGGCAAAGUUGGACGCGCGAAGUUCGGUCGACAUGGCGAUGGUGGCGUGGAGAAGCACGGAGGGGGUCGGGGACCCCCAGGGGUCGCUCUCCUCCCCGGGCUCCCAGGUGGGGCCCUUGCCUCUGGCCGGGCCCCUGAACCCGAGCUCCUCUCUGGACAGCAGCGCGCAGCCCAACCCGUCCGGCACCGGCACCGGCACCGGCACCAGCACCGCCACCCCGUCCUCGUCGUCCUCGUCCUCGGACAAGCAACAGAACCAGCAGAUCGAGUGCAUCGUGUGCGGCGACAAGUCCAGCGGGAAGCACUACGGACAGUUCACCUGCGAGGGAUGUAAGAGCUUCUUCAAGCGCAGCGUGCGCCGCAACCUCACCUACACCUGCCGCGCCAACCGCAGCUGCCCCGUGGACCAGCACCACCGCAACCAGUGCCAGUACUGCCGCCUGAAGAAGUGCCUCAAAGUGGGCAUGAGGCGAGAAGCCGUCCAGCGAGGCCGGAUCCCCGCGCAGUCCUACCACGGGCAGUUGGCGCUGACCAACGGCGACCCGCUCCAGUGCCACUCCUACCUGUCGGGCUACAUCUCGCUGCUGCUGCGGGCCGAGCCCUACCCGACCUCCCGCUUCGGCUCGCAGUGUCUGCAGGGCAACAACAUCAUGGGCAUCGAGAACAUCUGCGAGCUGGCGGCGCGGAUGCUCUUCAGCGCGGUGGAGUGGGCGCGGAACAUCCCCUUCUUCCCGGACCUGCAGGUGUCGGACCAGGUGGCGCUGCUGCGCCUCACCUGGAGCGAACUCUUCGUGCUGAACGCGGCGCAGUGCUCCAUGCCGGUGCACGUGGCGCCGCUGCUGGCGGCCGCGGGCCUGCACGCCUCGCCCAUGUCGGCGGACCGCGUGGUGGCCUUCAUGGACCACAUCCGGCUCUUCCAGGAGCAGGUGGAGAAGCUGAAGGUGCUGCACGUGGACUCGGCCGAGUACAGCUGCAUCAAGGCCGUGGUGCUCUUCACCACAGAUGCUUGUGGUCUGUCGGACGUGGCCCACGUGGAAGGUCUGCAGGAGAAGUCCCAGUGUGCACUGGAGGAGUACGUGAGAAGUCAGUACCCCAACCAGCCCAACCGCUUCGGGAAGCUGCUGCUGCGGCUGCCUUCGCUGCGCACCGUGUCCUCCUCUGUCAUCGAGCAGCUUUUCUUCGUGCGUCUGGUGGGAAAGACCCCCAUCGAGACCUUGAUCAGGGACAUGCUGCUGUCCGGCAGCAGCUUCAACUGGCCGUACAUGCCUAUCCAGUAGAGAGCGCCCCCCUCAGAGUCUCGGACCCGCUGCUGCCAGGAAACACGGAUGUUAAAGGGAAAGUUUCCGUGAUUUUUCUACGAAAAGCCAUUUUCCUUGGACCUGAGAAGAGACUUGGAGGUGACCCCACUUCCACCAGUGAGGAGCGACCGGUGUGGGACCUCUUCUUUAUGUUCUUGUUCGGGGGGGGAGGGGAAUAACGAUAUUUAUUGGACCUUGUGUGUGUAUUUAUGACCUUUGUAAAUUAUCUUCCUUUUGUUUGUUUUCUGUACCUUUGCCCCCGGACCCGUCUUGUGUUCUCCUGUCUUUUGAGACUCGUAGGCACUUUGAAGCAACUGCAGAGUCGGUUAUCACCUUUUCACGAUCACAUAAACCACCACGGCGCUGCGACCCGCUGAAGUUCGGAUCUAAGAUGGAGACCUCACCUCUCCGUCUGACCCUGAGGCGCGUUCUUCUCAGUACCUCCGAACUCUGUGGACUGUCCUCAGAGAGGAGAGCACAGUUGAGAAAAGUCCUCCUCUUGGAUUGGACACUGGACCGUGGGACCUCAGACGGUGAGAGGAGCACGGUCAGGCUUCCCACCCCACCCUGACUGUCUGGACCUCCUGGCUCCUCCGACCGCCUCCUCUCAGUGGGAACAGAGGGCUUCCACUCAGUUUCCCCCGGUGGACCCUGACCCGUGAGUGUCCUCUCCUCAAGUGUCCUGUGGCUUUUCCCUUGAUUCUUGUCCCUUCCUCUGCAAAACACACGAGUCCCCUCCGUCAUUCCGUCGACCUGAGCUUCAUCCCCGAUAUUGACUCCACUUAUGGCUUCUAUCGUCUCCUGAGCGUGUCUCCUUGGUAGAGUGGGAGGAGCAUGCGUAGCUGGGCGGAGCCCUCGGUACCUCGCGCUGGCUUUGGUGCCAUGGCCGCUCUGGACCGUGUCCGCCUCUGCUAAUGUACAUAUCUGGUCUCCGGUGUUGUGGUGAGUCGGCAGGGGUGCGGCGACUCGUGAGAAUGUUAUUAACCUACGGAGACUAAACCCUCGCCACCAGGAGGUGGAGCUCAUCAGCCAACGGCCGCCGUGUUUAUCGUAAACCUGACGGUGGCAACCCGUAACCUUGUCCGAGCUCCAGUCGCCGCUACAGCCAGCCGUCCUCUUCCGUUACCCAAAAAACGUCUCCUGCUGGGAUUGUUGCUGCAGUCUGAACUGGCCAGUCAGGGUUCCGGUCCGAUUCACGCGUCACUGAGCCGCGGCCGCUUCAUCACGACAGAACACGGCAGGGCAUUUCAACUGUGUGUGUGAGUGUGUGUCUGUCUUUUUUACCUCCACUCUGAUGUACUGUGAAAGAUAUUGGUGAGAACAUAUUGGUACGUAUUAAAUUAUAAUUCAAGAUUUAUAAAUAAAGUGUAUUUGGUUUAUUGGAGUGGAUUCUUCACAGCUGCCGCCGAGUGUGUGUCCAAACAGGAAUUAUUCGCCAUCGCAGACAAACUGGAUGAUAAUCUGCUCUCAUCUGGUCAAUGAGCACAAAUGGAGGCCCGACAUUUGGCGGGAGGCGGAGCCUGGUCGGGACAGGUGGUCCACAGCGGGCUGCAGCCUGCUCUCCAGCGCCCCCUUGAGAUUCACCAACGCUGUGGCGUCCCAGAUCCAGCUCUUCUGCCGCGUUUUGAACCUGGAUUCGUGCUCCUGACUCCAAGUCAGCCACUUCACCAUUCCCACCCUUUUAUCUUCAUGAAGAACAUUUCAGAAUUCAUGAUCUUUUGUCAAACAAAACAUAGUCCAAUUUAGUUUUGUUGCCAGUCCAGAUUCUUUCAAUUCCAAUCAAACUGGUGAUGAAGCUUGGAAAAUUCAUCUUGAUUUUGAGCAUUUUUCAUGGAAAGCUUGGAAACAAACUGUUUGAGUUCAUUAAAUUCUGUUUUCAUGCAAAACAGUCUGUUUUCUCGUGUCAUCUUUUUCACUGUUCUCUGCAGUGUUGCUGCAGCACUUCAUCCUCCUGCUCUCCU